AUGAGUUUAGCGUGUGAAGUGACUCCUACCAAUAUGAAGUUGGGAAUGUUGAGGAUAAAUAGUAGUAUUCUUGAAGUGAUCAGAGAAGGUCAGAAAAUUGAUUUGAGUUUGGUUGACUGGUUGCUACUGAUUAACCAAGGUAAUGAGGGUGAUUUCCGAGUUGAUGAGAAUGGUGAGAUGAGGUUUAGAGAUAGAGUGUUUAUUCCUGAUGUACCAGAACUUAUGAAGAGUACUCUUGAGGAAGGACAUCGAAGUGGUCUAAGUAUUCAUCCCGAUGCAACAAAAAUGUAUCAGGACUUGAAGAAAUUGUUUUGGUGGUUCAGUUUAUUGAAGACUGCUAAGGGCAAUGAUUCAAUUUGGGUGAUAGUGGAUAGAUUGACUAAAUCGACUCACUUCUUAUUGAUGAGGAUCAAUCAUUCCUUGCAGAGGUUAAUGCAGAUGUAUAUCGAAGAGAUUGUGAGGUUACAUGGUAUAUCUUCGAGUAUUGUUUCAGAUAGAGAUCCAAGGUUUACAUCAAGGUUCUGGUAA